UGCGAGUUGUGGACUUCACCCGCUAAAAUCAAAAGACAAGCUGUAGGGAAUGAUGAAUGAAGGGGUGAGCGGUGCCGCUUUCAUAAUUGGGGUCGUACAUCUGAGCAGUGGUCGGAUCUAAAACCUCGAUUCCUCUUUGUGGGCUGGAUUUCUCCAUCGAAGCUCGGAGUUUGGAGGCUUCUGGUUGGGGUGUGGCUCACCUGGUGCGACGAGGUUUGCGGCUCGGAUGUACAGAUGAGGCUGCACCUCUCAUCUUCACCUCCACGUGGCUCUCCUGCUGCCAACCAUGUGAAGAAACCAGGAUGCACUUUGUCCAAGUGGAGGAGGAUAUCGAAGUUAAGAAUUGCCAUUUUCUGUAGCGAUGGAGGCUGUGUGUGUUACACAGAGCGUGAGCUUAGGGUUAGCUUGCGCUUCAGGGUUGUAUGCUACGAAAGUCACAAAGGCGGGUUCUGCGACGCUCACCUCUUCGGCAUGCGUCUCGGGGACAGUGAGUCAUCGAGGGAAUGGCUUGAAACUCCGUCACGAACAAAACGUUACUUUCUCUUCGCAAACGAAGCCUAGCGUUGCUUCCAAGCUUGGUUCAGCGCUGUGGGGCUCUUCACUGCCAUCUGUUGCUGCGGCCUCAGAUGAGACCAACACCAGCAAACAUGGAGUCUUGACAAGAGCCUCGGUUGAGGCCCCUCCCUCUACAGUGAAAAAGACUCCAAUUAUUCGGUCUCCCGACACUGGUGGCGCGGUACUGGUGUUGGAGGAUGUGAUUCUAAGUGCCGGGGGACGAGAUCUGCUUACAGGUGCGAGUUGGCGCUUGCUGCCUGGCCAGCGAACAGGGCUGGUGGGCGUCAAUGGGUGUGGCAAGUCUACACUGCUGCGUGCUCUAGUUGGUCAUGGCGACCUACAGUCUGGUUACGCCGCUUUUUCUCUGGAUACGGAGGUUGCUUACCUGGAACAAACCGCAGUAUCUGGUUCUACUCGUACUGUUUGGGACGAGUCCAGGUCUCGUAUGGUUGCAAUCAAUGAAGCUCUGGCGGAAAUGGAAGCUGCUGAAAAAGCAGUUGAGCGAGGUGAGGAAGGCGCAAUCGCUCGCCUUGCCACUGCACAGGAGCAAGUGGAGGCUACGGAUGGCUACCGUGUCGAUGAAGUGAUUGCUGGGGUGUUGAACGGAUUAGGAUUUCAGCAAGAAGAUUGGACGAGGUCAUGCUCGGACUUCUCAGGUGGAUGGCAAAUGCGAAUUGCCUUAGCCAGGCUGUUGCUAGAGCAGAGAUCUCACAUGGGCAAGUCAUUACUUCUCCUGGAUGAGCCGACAAAUCAUCUGGAUACGAAAGCCAAGCAAUGGCUUGGCAAAUACCUUUCAGGAGUUACAGCUGCUGUUAUUCUUGUCAGUCACGAGCAGGAGUUUAUAGAGAAAUCUUGCAAUCACAUCGCUGAGAUCACGGGAGGUCAGUUACACCACUAUGUUGGGAGCUACUCCAGCUUUUUGCGAGCGCGUGCUGCCAGACAGCAGCAAGCCGUGCAAGAGUACAGAGCAAAGCAAGCUGAGAUUGAACGCCUACAGGUAUUUGUUGAUCGUUUCGGAGCGAAAGCAACCAAGGCAUCCGCUGCAAAUUCUAGGAAAAAAAUGAUUGAGAAGAUCAGGAAGGAGAUGCCUGAAGUUGCUCCUCCUGAAGACUCAGGCCCAGGCACUGGAGACAGGCGUACUGUGAAGAUGUAUUUUCCGAAGGCAUCACCCUGCGCUAGAGAAGCACUGCGCAUGAAGAAGGUGGACAUAGGCUGGGAUUCAAGCGCACCAAUUCUGUACAAUGUGGACAUCAAGCUUGAGAUUGGCAUGCGGCUGGUUAUCCUCGGGCCAAAUGGGGCUGGGAAGAGUACGCUUAUGCGCGCUAUGGCAGGUAGAGGUGGGGUGCUCUCUGGUUCUCGUGAAGUUGGUGAAGGAGUGGAGAUUGGAGUAUUCACACAAGAUCUGGCCCAAGAUUUGCCUGGACAUCUUUCAGCUAAAGACUUUGUCUUACAGGAAGCACGAGAGAAAGAUAUAAGCAUUACGGACGAAAUGGCUCGAUCUGCACUUGGCGCUCUUGGUCUGAUUGGAGAAUCUGCUCUUCGACCCAUCAAAGCUCUCUCCGGUGGUGAGAAGGCGAGAGCAGCCUUGGGAGUGUUCAUGCUCCGGCCAUACAACUGCCUCAUGCUGGACGAAGCCAGUAAUCAUCUUGAUCGUCCCUCGGCCAUGGCCCUGGCUAAGUGUUUGAGUUCAUUUUCAGGUGCAAUGGUUGCUAUUUCCCAUGAUAUAGAAUUUAUGGAAGCAAUGAAUCCCACACACGUCGCUAGAGUGGAUCCUAACGGAUCUGUUACAGUUAGUCAAUGCAUUAGUGGAGAUUUGAGAUCUGCUCAGAAGUCGAAGGCAGAGACAACAAUUCCUGCAGCGGCGAACAAGGGCAAGAAACAGACAGCCUCAACACUUACUGUCAAACCCGCCAAGUUUUAUGGUGGAGACGCCCACGUGAAGCCUGCCAGAAGUCCUGACCCUAAGCGAGUACACGAGAUCCAGUCCCAGAUCAAGAAGAACAUGCAGUUGAUAGAGAAAGCGGAGAUCGUGCUGGAAAUGCUGGACAGGGAGAUGCUGGAGGCAGGUGCUGAUGCUGCGAAAGCAAUGGAUAUUUUCAAAAGGAAGGAAGCGAUCGAAAAGAGGAAAGCUGCCUUGGAACAGGAAUGGGAGUCCUUGGACACCGAACAUCAAAAACUCAUGGCUAAGGCUUCCAAGUAGUGCAGUAUUAUGAUUCAUUACAAUUAGUAUAUUCUUAAUUCAGGUGUAAAGAGACAGUUUGAGCUUUUGCAGGAGCUGAAUUUGCUCAAUGGGUUCUUUUUACCAACCGUAGACACUCUUUAUUUCCUUUUCUUAACGUAGGAACCAAUACCUGGCCAGUGCUGGAUUGGGUUGUACUAUACUGGAUUGUUACGUGUUUGUUGAAGAUUGGAGCGUGUGGAUCUGUUUCCCGGAGAAAAUUACAGAAAUUUGAUAUGACGCGCUUACAUUCAUAUCCUCAAGCAAUGAGUACCUCACAUAUAGCAUACCCAUCUUAUUCGUACAUGGAUUACAUGAUUACAGUAAAAUGUUUAUUUUUCUUUUC